CCUCAAGGCUGAGCCCUGGCCCGGCGCCCGCAGGAUGGCGGGCGCAUCCUCCCGCGUGCACUACCUGUCGGACUUCGGCUGCCCGCUCGGAGGCCGGGCGGCGGGGCAGCCGCAUGUGCUGCGACAUGAGGCGGAGGUCUUUCUGUCCACCGGGCGCGAAUUCGUCUACGUGUAUGACCACGAGGGCGGGCUGCUGACGGCGGUGUACCAGUUUCCCGACCAGGUAUGGCACCUGCAGCUCCUGGCCAUCCGCAGGACACUCUACGUCCUGUGUGCCCGGACUGGCAUCUACUGCCUGUCGUUGGACUCACUGGACAGGUCUGAAAGCCAGGCCUGUGAGGACAAAGAGGAUGAGGCUCCCCCUUACCCUGUCAUCCAUGUGGAACCAGAUGCCUGUGUCCUCCCCGACGCUGCCCUCUGUGCCUUCACUGUGCUGGAUGAUAUGUUGGUCACCCUGGCACAGGGCCCCACCCAGUGGAAGAUGCAGCUAUUUGAGCGUCCCUGUGCAGGAGAGGAGCCUCAGCCUGGAGGCCAGGUUGGGGAGGUGGAGCUGUCCACCUGCACCCCUCCAGGUGGGGUGCUGGGGAAGCCUACAGCCCCGUGCUUCCUGCCAGUGCUGUGCUGCGUGUUCCCACCAAACUGCAGGGCACCCCACGGUCACCCCCAGGGCUGCGGGUGCCUCAUGCUGGAGGAGGCCCUCUUUGGUCUACUCUUUGGAGUUGAUGCCACCUUCUUGAAGUCCCCCGUGAUCCUCUGCGGUCUCCCUGAUGGCCAGCUUUGUUGCGUGGUCCUGAAGGCCUUAGUUACUUCUGGGUUAGCCCCCGGUGACCCAAAGGUCCUGGUCAAGAUCCUCCACCACCUAGAGGAGCCUGUGAUCUUCAUCGGGGCUCUGAGGGCAGAGCCACAGGAGGAGGAAGCAGCAAGAGAGUUGCUGCCCGGCGAGAAUGUGCAGCACUCUGACUGCUUAGUGGCCCUCGGUCACCAGGGCCGGACACUGGCCAUCAAGGCCAGCUGGAGUGAGUCAGGGAAUCUGGUGCCAGAGCUUCGUGAGUAUUGCCUCCCAGGGCCCGUGCUCUGCGCCGCCUGCGGCGGGGAUGGCCACUUGUACCACAGCACUCCCUCAGACCUCUGUAUGGUAGACUUGACUCAGAGAGACAGUCCUUGGAACGCCGAGAAGACAGACGGGGACACAGGAGGUCUGCCCUCGGUGCUGUGCCCAGUCACCUUGAACAUCUGCAGUGCCCUCGCUCUGUGUGUGACAGCAAGGGCGCCUACAGGUAGCACGGAGCUCCUGGCCCUGUCUUCUAAAGGACGCCUGAUCACCUGCAGUCUGGACUUGAGCUCUGAGGCACCCGUGCCUGCCAAAAUGAGCGUGGCAAAUGCAGGCCAGAAAAUUAAGGAGCUGCUCUCGGACAUCGGUGAUGUCUCUGAGAGGGUGUCCUUUCUGAAGAAAGCUGUUGACCAGCGCAACAAGGCCAUAACCAGUCUCAAUGAGGCCAUGAAUGUGAGCUGUGCCCUGCUGUCCAGUCAGGAGGGUGAUCGGCCCAUCUCAUGUUCUAUCACCACCUCCUGGAGCCGCCUAGAGUUGCGAGACAUGCUGAUGGCCACCUGCACACUGGAGAACAGCAGCAGCUUCAGCCUAGACCAGGGCUGGACCUUGUGUAUUCAGGUGCUGACUAGUUCCUCUGCCUUAGACCUGGAUGGGACCGGCUCUGCUUUCACGUACACCAUCCCAGUGGACAGACUGGGCCCAGGCAGCCGGCGGGAAGUGACGCUGCCCCUGGGCCCUAGUGAGAGUGGUGUGCUCGACCUGCCUGUGACCAUGUCCUGCUGGCUCUUCUACAGCCUCAGGGAGGUGGUGGGUGGGGCCCUGGCCCCCUCAGACCCUCUAGAGGCCCCCUACCUGGAGAAGCUCCCUCUCAACCUUCCUAAGCAAGAAGGCGUCUGCCUGCCCCUGUGCAAGCGCACAGUGGACAUGCUGCAGGGCCUACGCUUUCCCGGGGUGGCCUCGCACCCUGCACAGGCCCCCUGUGUGCCUGGCCCUGCCUGUGAUGGUGUGGAAACUUUCCUGAGGACCUGCCAAGCCCCUGGCAGCGAGCCCGCCGGUGCUGCCUCCCUGCGGGCCAAGUACCUGCCUCCAUCCACAGCCUCCAUCAGGGUGUCCGCAGGCCUUCUCAGAGCAGCCCUGGAGGACGGUCACGCAGGUUUCCACCUGUGCAGUGCUACCCUGCAGUGGCUCCUUGCCGAGAACGCUGCUGUGGAUGUUGUGAGGGCCCAGGCCCUGUCUUCCAUCCAGGGAAUAGCUCCAGAUGGAACUGAUGUCAACCUCAUCAUCCAUGAGGUAGCUGUGACUGAUUUGAGCCCUGCAGGCCCCAUCCAGGCCGUGGAGAUCCAAGUGGAGAGCUCCUCUCUGGCCAACAUGUGCAGGGUGCACCAUGCCAUCAUCAAACGAAUACAGACUAUGGUCACAGAGCAAGCAGCCCACGGCUCCAGCCCACCUGACCUCCGCAUGCAGUAUCUACAACAGAUCCACGCCAACCACCAGGAGCUGCUCCGUGAAGUGCAAGCCCUGCGUGAGCAGCUGUGCACGGAGGAUGAGGUGGCCUCCUUCUCCACAGCCCAGAAGCUCCUGAAGAUUUACAAGCAGCUGCGCAACCCUAGCCUCGUCCUGUUGUGACCAGCUGCUGGCCAGCUCCACGUCACUGCGGGACACACAUGGGGCUUGCCUGGCAGCAUCCCUCCACUGGAACCUCUGCACCCUGAUGGGAAGUAUCGUCACCCAAGUACUCAGGCCACGGAGACACAGGGUUUCUGGGGUUCAGACUUCCAAGUUUGGGACUGUUCUGCUGCUGACCCCAGCACACCCCAGGAGUGCUCGCUGACUGCCUGUCUGGGGCCACCAGGUGGCAGAGUGCUCCCUGCAACCAAAGCACAAAGACCAUGGGAGGACUCCCAUUGAUGCCAGCAGCACGGGCUGCCUCCAGCACUGUGCUGCUUUUAGCCCCACGUCCCAGCCUCCUCCUUCAGCUGGGCCCUGCCCGGCUGCUGGUGCUGUCGUUACCAUGGGAGGGGAGAGCUCUGCAGAGCUCUGUGCCUCCUCCUGUUGUCUGUCUGUGAGGUGCUGUGCUGACAAGCUACCUUUCUGUGAUGUUCCAGGUGUCUACUGAAGUUGACUUCACUUCUGCUCUC